AUGGCAAGACUCAAAUCGAAAAUCACCUCUUUUGAACAAAAAGAAAGCGAAUCUCUGUAUGAGGCUUGGGAGCGAUUUAAGGGAUUACUCAGGAAGUGUCCUCAACAUGGAAUUGAAGCAUGGGAGAAAGCAAAAAUCUUUUUCCAAGGGAUGACGUCCAACAUAAGAACACUGGAAGUGCUAGAAUUGUUGGAAUCCUUAUCUUCUCAAGAAUUUGACAAUGUCCCAGUUGCACAAAGGAGAGCAGGAAUUAUGAAGCUCGACGGCUAUGAUGCAAUCUUAGCCCAAAAUGAACAAAUGUUGCAGAUGCACAAGAAACAACAAGAACAAUUAGAUGCUCUUACUAAACAAUUUAAUCUUUCUCAAGUUUCUUCUGUUAGUAAUUCUCAAAUUAAAUGUGGUAUUUAUGCAGAAGCUCAUGCGACUGAAGAUUGUGACUACAUGAGAACAACUGAAAAGCCACCAGCAGAGGCCAAUGGAAUCUGGUACGAUCAAAAGAACCAAAAUGAUCCAGGAAGAAACCAAUAUGGUAAUCAAGGGUGGAAAAAUCCUAACCAACACCCUGGGUUUAGUUACAAAUCAACCCAUCAGCCGAAUCCUCCUAUGCCAUUACAACAACAACCUCCACCUCAAGGCACCACUUCAAAAUGGGAAAAGGCUUUUGCACAGCUGUCCAAGACCACAUCAGACUACAUUCAAAAUGUAGAUGCCUUUAGAGAUGAAACACGAGCAUCAUUCCGGAAUCAAGAAGCUUCGAUCCGGAACUUGGAGACUCAAAUUGGUCAGCUGUCAAGACAAUUUGCUGAAAGAACCCAUGGCACCUUCCCAAGUAACACAAAUACAAACCCAAAUGCUCAAUGUAAUUCAAUUGUUACUAGAAGUGGGAUCGUGAUCCAACCUGUUGAAAAGCCAACAGUGGAUAAGAAGAAAGAAGCAGAACCUGUAGCUGAAAAGGAGAAAGAAGAAGAUGCAUAA